ACAAGAAUCUGUAUUUCCGGAUACAAAAAGUUGGAAACGACGGUGUUGUAGUGUUUUUGUAUAAUUUACAGGUAACCGAAUGCCUAACUUUUCUUCUUAAAGGUCUGCGGCAGCCCGAAAACCGCAUUAAUCGGCACAAAGAAGUCUCCUGAACAUGAUAUUCCUUCGUGUAUAGGAAGAGUGAAGACCACGGCCAGAUUGGGUUAUGUUUUGGUGAACUCGUCCUUUAGUUGGUGUAUGCCACAAGUGUACUGAAAAGAUGAAGCAAGCCGAAAACUUGAAAACUGUCUUUCAAGCCUUUAAAGACGUUGUCCCCGCGGUUACUAUAGGGAUGCUGACAGUGGUUUUUUUAUCAUAUGUUUUGUUUGGAGUCCAAACCUUUUUUGACUUUACUCCAGGGCUCUUCAGUGUUGGCGCCACUGUUUUUCAAAAUGGACACAUUCACAGGCUCUUGUUAUACCCCUUUUACCACAGAACCUUUGCUCAGCUCCUCUUGAACACUGCAGCCCUGGCGUUUCUCAGCGGCAGUCUGGAGAAAGGUCUUGGCACUGUGCGUUUCCUCUUCUUGUUCCUCGUGAUGUCGACCUCCACAGGUGUGUUUUACAGUUUCAUGGAUCUCCUGCAGAGUGACAGCGGCCUAAAUCACACCGAGGGGCUUCUUCCUGUGGCCUUGGCAUGUGUAGCUUUCACUACCAUGCACACAAAAAUGACCAAAGGAUUUCUAUGCGGGGUCAGUUUUCCCACCAUUGCUCUCCCCUGGGUGUUCCUCAUAAUCACCACUGCCCUCACUCCUCACAGUGUGCUCCCCUGUAAUGUCAUAGCUAUCCUGGUAGGAUGGAUGUAUGGGAAAGGAUGGUUUGCCCUCUUGGACUUGUCUGAGGCAAAGACUGGUGUUCUGGAGAAAAUGAUGCCUUUCAGCUUCUUGAAGAGCAUUGGAGGUGUAAUGUUUGUUCCGGCAUCCGCCGAGGAGCGAAGAAAGACCCUCCUUCCACAAAUAAACCCAACACCCGGGUCUUACCCAGUCCAAGCCUAUGCUCCAGUGUCCAGCACUAACACUACAAAUACCCCUGCCAAGUUUUAUGAAGGCUGGCAAAAUAUGGCUGGUGACCUAUCCAGUCAUGCAGCAUUUCUUCAUCCCCAUCAACAUGGCUCUGCACAUAGCUUUGGGAUAAGUCAUGGACAUGGUGCAGAACACAGUUUUGGCCACAGCCACAGUCAUGGCCAACUAUAGACUUGCUUGUAAAAUACAUGUUUUACAUUCAUGUACACCUUGUUUACUCAAACUACUGCUUUUUAAGGGGUUAUAAUUUGCUAACACCUCUUUCUGGAAAUCAAAGUCAGUUGUACUAUAUGUACAGUGGACUUAUUCUAUGUCUGCCUGCUUUCUUGUGGUAUUUAACAUCUAUGAGUGUAUAAUUAAGUGGAUGGUUGUGAUUUUUAUUUUUAACAGCUUAUUUGUUUUGUACAUAUUUGAUUUAUACCAGUAAAAAUGUUGAAAAUGUAAGUAAAUAAGUUGUGUUUGCAUCCUGUUUAAUAUUGACAUAUGUGCAGGGUAACAGAAAACACCAAAGAUGUUGUAAUAUCAA